UAUUGUUUAUACAUACGGUUUUAACUGGGAUGGUGUUUUUUAACGCAUAAUUUAUACAAGCUGGUAUUUAGCUCAUCAACUGGAUUCCGCACGCACUGGACGAAAAUGUCUUCAUAUAACUCGUUCGUGGGAAGCAAAAAGGAGGAAAAGGGGAGAAACAUCCAAGUUGUUGUACGAUGCAGACCUUUAAACAGCGCGGAGCGGAGGUCUGCCUCUCAUGGUGUAGUGGACUGUGACCAGGUCAGAAGAGAAGUGAAUGUUCGCACUGGAGGAAUCGGCGAUAAAGGCGCUAAAAAGACAUACACUUUUGACAUGGUGUUUGGACCCUCAGCAAAGCAAAUUGAGGUGUACCGAAAUGUGGUCUUCCCGAUUGUGGAUGAAGUUAUCAUGGGAUAUAACUGCACGGUUUUUGCGUAUGGGCAGACUGGCACAGGGAAAACUUUCACCAUGGAGGGUGAAAGAACUCCAAACGGGGAAUUCACAUGGGAAGAGGACCCCCUGGCAGGAAUUAUUCCACGCACUCUCCAUCAGAUUUUUGAGAAGCUCUCGAAGAACGGGAUGGAGUUCUCUGUUAAGGUGUCCCUGCUGGAGAUUUACAAUGAGGAGCUCUUUGACUUGCUCAGCCCCUCCCCUGAGGUGAAUGAGCGGCUCCAGAUGUUUGAUGACCCGCGCAAUAAACGUGGUGUUGUCAUCAAGGGCCUGGAAGAAAUCACCGUGCACAACAAAGAUGAGGUUUACCAGAUACUGGAGCGGGGAGCUGCCAAGAGGAAGACGGCCUCCACCCAGAUGAACUCCUACUCCAGCCGCUCUCACUCGGUGUUCUCGGUCACCAUUCACAUGAAAGAGAUCACAGUAGACGGGGAAGAGCUGGUGAAGAUUGGGAAGCUGAAUUUGGUUGAUCUUGCAGGCAGCGAGAACAUCGGCCGAUCCGGAGCUGUGGACAAGCGUGCUCGAGAAGCUGGCAACAUCAACCAGUCUCUGCUGACGCUGGGCAGGGUGAUUACCGCGCUGGUGGAGAGGACCCCCCACAUCCCCUACAGGGAGUCCAAGCUCACGCGCAUCCUCCAGGACUCCCUGGGGGGGCACACCAAGACCUCCAUCAUCGCCACAGUGUCUCCUGCGUCCAUCAAUCUGGAGGAAACAUUAAGCACACUGGACUAUGCGAACAGAGCCAAGAAUAUUAUGAACAAGCCUGAAGUGAACCAGAAGCUAACGAAGAGGACUCUGAUCAAGGAAUACACUGAGGAGAUCGAACGUUUGAAACGAGACCUGGCUGCUGCUCGGGACAAGAACGGAGUCUACGUGUCUGCUGAGAACUUUGAGAUGAUGAACAGCAGAAUAGUAUCACAGGAGGAGCAGAUUGCAGAGUUUACUGAGAGGAUUUCAGCGAUGGAAGAAGAACUGAAGAGGGUGACAGAGCUGUUCUCAGAUAGCCAGCAAGAACUGGGCCAAUGUGUGGAGGCCCUGCAGGAGAGCAGGCAGAGGCUGGAUGAGACUCGCACACACCUGCAGCACACCAAGCACAAGCUCUCUGAGGAGCAGUUUGUUGUUGCUGAGCUGAAGACCACAGAGAAUGCGCUCUACAGCACUGCAAACAAGCUGCUGAGCACAGUGAACGUCAGCACCAGAGACGUGACGGGUCUGCAUGCCAAGCUGGACAGAAAGAAUGCCGUGGAAAAGCACAACUCCGAGGUGCUGCAGAGACUGGGCGGCGAGAUGGAGGCGCUGUUCGCCCAGAUGCAGAGGGCUGUGCAGCAGCAGACUGCCAGGCAGCAGGGCGUGCUGGGUGGCUACAGGAGCUCCGUCACGGAUAUUUUAGACGCCAGCAACAAAACCUUCAGUGGAGCGAUAUCAACAGUUGCCUCCUCCUUCAUAAACAUCAGAGAUUUGGUCAACAGCAGUAUGCAGAGGUGCCGGGCGGACAUGAUGGCGCAGGAGUCUGUGUGUCAGGAGGCCAAAUGCAGCCUGCAGAAGGUUUUGGAGGAGCACAGCCUGCAGCUGGAGGAGACGCUGUUGGCGUUGGUGGUGCCAGGACUUGGUGCGGUGAAGGAAAUGGCUGCCAGCCUGAAGCAGACACUGCAGAGACACACGGUCAUCGCAGAGCAGCUGGAAAGCAUGAAGCAGGAGGUGACCUUGUUCUUCAGAGAUCACAGUGCCGCUCUCAGCAGGCUGAGAGAACUGGCAGACGCGGGAUUCCGGUCCCUGCACACCGAGCAGGAGAGCGUGAAGCAGCAGAUCACACAGGCCAGCCAGAAGCACGAGACGGGUGUGUCCCAGGUGAUCUCCUGCCUGCAGACUCAGCUGAACCUGCUGGCUGUUGAGACUCAGACUGAAUUCGGUGGGCUGUUGAGUUUAUCUGACGCACUGCAGGGCCGUGUGAACUCUCUUCAGACGACAUUACAGACGGAGUGUGCCGCCGCGGAGCAGAGCACCGCUGCGCACAGCCGGGGGGCGGAGUCGGCCUCCGCUGGGCUGCUGGCUGAGGCCCGGUGCAUGGCGGAGGAGGCGGAGCGACGCGCGGAGUCGGUGUCCGGAGGCUGCACUCACCUGUGUGCCUCCCUGAGCCGGCUGGGACAGAGCAGCAGGCAGUGGUGUGAGGAGACCGGGCUCAGCGCCGGCGCCCUGGCUGACGAGCAGCUGUCUGUGCUCAGAGAGAGCCAGGCCUCCACAAACGCACUGCAGCAGGGUGUGGAGGCCAUCUGUGACGGGACAUCCCGGCAGGCUGAGGAGCAGUUCCGUCAGCAGCAGAGCGAGCUGCAGCGCCCUCUGGUGGCCCUGGAGGCCCAGGCCACGCUGGAUCAGGCCACACUGCAUGAACACAGGGCCCAGCUGUCCGCCCGCAUGGACACUGCGCUCAGCGGCGUCCGGCGCUUCCUGACCGAGGAGCUCAGAGAGGACCUGCCUACAGGAGUCACUCCUCAGCGCAGAGCCUAUGAGUUUCCCAGGCUGCUGGAAAAGAGCAGGAGCAGAGAGGAGCUGCUGGGAGCCUUCAGAGCGCAGCGGCGGGAGCAGCAGCGGGAGCAGCAGCAGGAGCAGCAGCAGCAGGACACUAUGCCGGAGGAGCCUGCUCAGCAGGACGCUGUGGAGGAUGAGGGAACUGAUAACGACAGCAUCAUCGCUGAGCGGUCCCUCGCCGAGGAAACACUCAUAUGCUCUGACGGCAGAGGAGCUCCAUUCUUCAAACGCAAGAAGGCUGGCAAGAAAGAGAACGGAUCCCAGAAGCGCUGGAAGUGUGCUGAUCCUGACAGACCCUCCUCCCCAUCACAAGCCAGACUGCCCCUGAAAGCUUACAAUUAG